GAGUUAGGGAGUAUCCCAGGUUCACUUACGUGUCUCCUGUAUACCAAUGCGCGUGGACCCUCACUCUCCCCAAAUCCUCUCAAACUCCCUAUAUCCACCCGAAUCUCUGAUACCUCACUCUCCCUCACUCGCUUGUUCUUCUUCCCUUUCCGUUUUCUAUCUGGUUCUUCUCCUUUCUCUUUCUGUCCUCCUGCUCCGACUCGACUUCCCUCUCCUCCAAGACAACUAACUCUACUCAGUCCAGUCCACUCCAGUCCCAAUUCCCGCACGUAACAUAACGGUGAUGAUGAGGAUGAGGAGGGAUUGAGGCGCCUGGUUACUUGAGGAACGAACGAACCAAAAUCGAGAAAGAAAAGACUUCUUAUCAAACUAGAAUUAGGCAGACGCAUGAUUCUGAUCCAAUAUGGAAACGGCAGCGUCAAUUAAGCCUCAUCAUCAUGCCUAUAAAAUUGGUGGUUUUCGACUAAAUUCUCCCAAUUCCAAUACCAAAGAUUUGGUCCCCAACGGCAUUGACAACAACAACAACAACAGCUGCUGCUGCUGCUGCUGCAAUAUCACUGCCGACAUCGAGAUGAUUACUUUGCAAGCGGCUGCUGCUUAUACUAGCCUCAAGGACUUGAUGCCCACGUCCCCUCGUUCUCCCAAUGCGCCGGCGAUCGCGUGCCCCGCCACCGCCUGCAGGAAAGACAGCUUGAGGGACAUACCGAUCAAUCUCAAGGACCCGCUCCUGCAACACGCCGCCUGGGCUUAUCUUCAGCCCGCCAUGACGCCGCACGAUCACCGGGCCCACGCCUGCAGCUUCCUCCAGAACCUCAAGCACCACUGCUCUGGCGUUUUCGGCUGCUUUAACGACGUCCUCCUCGUGCUUCUCAACUCCUGGUUCCCCGCCAACGACAGCAUCAGAACAAGAAGAAGAAGAAGAAGAGGAGGCCCUGAUGAUGAUGACGAAGAGAAGCAAGAAGAGGAUCAGGAGAAUGCUGCCGCCCCCGCAGGUGGUGAUGCAUCAUCGAAGAAGACGACGGCGACAACUCGACUGGCCGGCGUCCAUUAACGACUUACCAUCUACAAACUUAACACCUGUCCCCCUACAAAAAAAAAAAAAAAAAAAAGGCUGCUUUUUUGAAGCUUUGCUCUGACUGGUCGCUGUACUCUAGUAGUAGACCACUCCGGCUUUUCUUAGUUCUGCUACGUGCUGCUCCCACCAAUACUCUUGGAAAUUUUGUACAGAGACCUUUGGCUUUCUUUUUCGUGGGUGAUGUGUACAUGCGAAAAACAGUAGUGCUUGCGACAAAAUUUAUUGAGUAUUAAUAUAUAAUUUGCUCCUUGAUUGUGUGUA